ACACAAACAUAUUGUGGCUUCUUUUGCCAAGGGCAUUGAAAUUUGACUUAGUAUGUAUCAUAGGUGGAAUCGUCGCGCUUCUUUAACCCUUCUCGGUGUAAGCUUGAGCGGUUGAGCCUCACCGUUGUCCUCGAAUGCCGGUCUUUUCGCGCGCGUCGUUUUAAGUCGAAGCCAAGCCGGGCAUCACUACUCCGCUGGGGGUAGCAGCGAAGCCCCUUAAUAAGUGGCGCGCUUGAUUAAGCUGCUCGGCGACACAUUGACGCGAAUUUCCGCCAAACAGCCUGCCUCGGAACCAUAUUGUCCGGGGGCUGUUAUAUCGCCCUUUGGGGAUAACAGCCACAACACAACCGCACUCCACCAUUUCUCGAUGGAUUGAGUGCCGACUUUGCGGGGGGAUUAAAUAAAGCUAGCAAGCCCCCUGCCUCACAACUUUGGUUCAGCCCUCCACAAGGACCCCAUCACCAUUCCGAGGCCCCAACAACCACAGUCAUGGCCCAAUUCACCCUUUCCCUCCUCACGGCGGCCCUGGCGCUUGCCUCUGCCGCCCAGGCCCAAUGCGGCUCCGGCUCGCCCGACGCCACCGUGACCGGCUCCGGCAACUCCUUUACCGCUAAGAAGGGUUCAAGCGACGUCUACUCGGGUUCCGACUACCGUGCCGCCAUCCAAGCCGCCCUCGACUCCAUCUCUAGCGGCCAGCGUGUGGCCGUCAUGGCUUCGGGCUCCAUCGGCGCGAACACCCUCACGAUCGAGAGCGGCAAGAUCUUCGAAGGCUGCGGCACCAUCGACGUGGGCAACAAAUCCGGCCGGGGCGCGAUCGAGUCGACCGAUACCACCGACGUGCAGAUCCCCUACCUGACCAUGACGGGUAACCCCUACUUCGGUCUGCGCUUCUCGGGCACCACCGGCCUCACCCUCGGCAAGAUCACCAUGAACCUGAGCGGCGGCAUGGGCAUCCGCUUCGACCGCGACCGCGCGGCCAACUCGGACGUCAAGAUGGACGUCAUCAGCGUGACGGGUGCCGGCAGCCACGCCGUCGAGGUGUGGAACAUCGACGGCCUCGAGAUCAACCAGGUGAUCGCGCGCGACGUGGGCGAGUGCGGGCUGCUGCUGCAGGCGACGAGGAACGCGCACGUCGGGCUGGUGGACGGCGACAACGUGGCGGCAGGCAAUGGCUACGCGACCUUCCGCAUGGCCAACAACAACGGGCAGAACGAGAACGGCAACUACAACACCAACGUCUACAUCGACAAGGUGGUCUCGCGCGGCGGCGGGCGCGGCAUCUUCUGCGUGUCGCAGUCCGGCGGCGUCGUCAUCGAGGAGAUCGACCUGGCCAACAACGGCAACAACGCGAUCCUCAUCGAGAACUGCUACAACCUCUCCAUCCGCGGCGGCAAGGUCAACGGCGGCGGCGAGGUCCGUAUCGCGGCCCGCUCCGAAUUCCCCAACACCCGCGACAUUUGGAUCAACCUCCAGGUGGACGGCACCUCGGUGCGCGAGUCGCCGUGCGCUGACAACUCCAACUGGACCCUUUCCGGGAGCGGACAGAGGAACGUCUGCUAGGGUCGCGUAGGGCCGGCCAGAGGGGGUUACGGAAAAGGUGGGAUGAUGGAGGCCAAGGGAUCAUGUGUUCGUUUCAGAUCAGAUGGUACGAGGACGGCUAGCCUCCCUACCUAACCAGUAAAAUAACUCGAGGUCUUUCGGCGCAAAAUGUCAUUCUUGUUCCGGUCGGCUACAUUGGCUUUGUAAGGCCGGAGAAAGAACCACAUUGUGUGCCCC